AUUAAACCCAUGGCCUGACUUGAUUUAAAACUACAAUUUUAGUUAUUUGAAAAAAAAAGAAAAAGAAAAGAAAACAAAAACGCUUGCCCCUCUAUCUCUGAAACUGUCAGGAGUGCUUCGACAGCAGUAGAAAGGCACGUUCCCGACCGUGUUUGCCUGCAGCAGCGGCCGGAGAGUCUCGCACGCUGCACACUGUGCUGCGCUGAAGCAGACCUACGUCCACCCAGUAGAUGCCUGUGCUGCUCGGGACUUCAGGAAACUUUGAGAGAAGAUCUGCGGGCCUGCACCGUAACUAGCGGAUCGGGAAUCCCGAGCUCCCAGGGUGUUAAAACUUCCUUUUCAGAUACGUGGAUCUAUCAUGACUGCGAGGAUCCAGGGAGCAGUGGGCCGGGAAAAACCAGUGCCCAAGAGCCGAGCAGCAGAGAUGAUGGUGAGGGUCGGGAGAGCUCUGUGGCUGGUGCUGGGAAUGCUCGGUCUGUCCCUGUUGCUGGUGGUGCUGGGGGUCUACACAACUACCCGAACGGAGAGCCUGAACGUGACUGGCUACAGCUCUGGAGUUAUUCUCACCCUUGGAUCAUUCUUAGGACUUCUGGGACUUCGCCUGGAAGAGAACCGCAAGCAGCUGCUGACGGCUGCGAUUGUAUUCCUCAGCUUUGGGAUCAUCACCUGUUUUCUGUGCCUGGUGAUCGAUGGCGGCUGUAUUGUAUUAAACCUGGACAUGCGUCCACUGAGAGCAGAGAGAUGCCAGUAUUACAGCGGGGGCACCAGCUACUUCUAUGAGAAUUUCUACACAUCUGUGUCGUGCUGGAAUCUAAAGGAGUCUUGUAACAUGACAGUACGAAGUGGGACCUGCUACUGCUGCGACCUGUACGACUGCGCCAAUGGAGGCUACCUCAGCAACUACUACGAGUUUGUUGGAGUACGAAGCUGCAAGGAAGUUUUCACGCUUUACAUUUUGAUCUGGACCCUCACCGGCCUGAACCUCGUGGCCCUCUUCACAGGGAUUCUGACCACAGCGGUGCUCGGCAGCAUCAAGGACUGGAGGAGAAGCAGCCCUGUGACCGAGCCCUCUGAGAGCACAGCGUCUUCCCCUACAGCUCCUUUGCUGAUGGACGCCAACAGACACACAGUUCAGCAGCUCCACCCAGGAGCCUCCAUCUAUUUCCCUCCAGCAGAAAAGACAGCUGCCUCACAAAGUUUUCCCUCAUCGUCAAAUCCUCACCCAGAGUCCAAUCCUGCUCCCUUCGCCCCGUUGAGCAGCCUGCUGCCUUUCAGGGUCCACGGCCUCUCGGCCUGAGCUCCACCAGAAGCUUCUCACCAGAAAAUGACCGAAAAACACAUCCAGAUAGGGGUAAACAGAUGUUUUUAUUAUUAUUAUUUUUGUUAUCAUUAACUUCUGUCGAUGUUUUGAGUAAGGGAAGCUGGAACAACUAAAAGAACUAUAUGCUGGUCUGAAAUUUAUCCCAAAAUAUCCCAAAAGAUUUUGUUUCCCAAACAUCUAAAAGCAGACAUGGGAGGUUUCAUGGAAAGUUCCUCCUGCUAGUUUCAAUUGUAUGCAACAUUUAUAACAUAUUUUACUGUAUUUAGCUCAAAAACAUAAAGGUCUUAAGUUGUAAAAUGUCUGUAAAUGAAACGUUAUGUAUAAGUGUGUUUCAUCAGUGAGGAGGCCGUUAAGGCUUUAACUCAAACUUCAACUUUCACAAUCAUCAGUGAAUCCACAGUCAAGAGUUAUAACCUCAUGUGAACAUAAAUGAAAAUGUUAAAAUAUCAAUGGCAUAGCACCAUACAGCCAACGCAAGUUUCUGUAAUAAAUAUCUAUACAUUUUUGUGCUGUGUCACCUGUGUGUGAGUGUGUUUAAGUGAUUUACGUCCCAUGAGGCACCUCAGACACGCGAUUUACAUACGUACAUGUAAUGUUUAUUUUACCGCCUGUUGUCCUAUAGAACAUAUUUUGGCUCACGAAUGUACUUCAUGCUGAACUUUUCAUAAUGUGUCGGGUGAAAAUCUGCACACUGUGUCAACAGUGAUUCACUGUCGUCGUCAUUAGGCUGGUGACUUGAUGAUAUCUCUGAUGCUUCAGUCACCGAAAAGCUAAACUGAAACGAGGACAGUGUAACUGGAAUCUGAUCUUACUGACACACACAAAUAUUUUUUAUACAUCAAAAUGGAUUAAUCUGUGGACAUUUUAAUUAAAUACAUGAUUUGUCAAAACAGAUUGGUCUGGAGUCUUUAAGUUAUCAUAUACUGUAUGUGGUGGAUAAAAACCGGUUUAGGUGUAAGAACUUGACAACGUACACGAAUCAGUCAUAACAUUAAAACCAGUAACUGGUGUUAACGUUAUGACUGAUCGGUAUAUGUAGAGGUCGCCUUGGCUGUUUGGGUUUGUGUCUUAUGAGAAACGGUUCAUAAAAAUUAGGUUUGAAAGGAAACAUUAACAGGAAAUGAAGCUCAAAUUUUACCUUUCACAUUUACAAGAAUACAACAUAUUUAUAUUUUGACUGAAUCCAUUUAAUGUUACUUGGUGAACAGUGACUGAAAGUGAUGUUUUGAUUAGUUAAUAUUUAGACAAUAUUUUAUGAAUAAAUCAGCAGCUCACAUUCGUCAUUACAUUUGGUUCCAUUGCUGGGUUGACACACACACGCUAUCUUUGUAAAUGAUAUAUACACCAGAUCAUAUCUGGACAGAAAACAUUGCCUCAUUACACUGCUAUUACAAGCUAUUCUUAGUCUUAGAUGGAAAACGUUAAUUUGAUGUGUUUUCCACAUCACAGUUCAUUUCAUGUUAAUGUGGAAGCAUAUGAGACACAAAACGGUGCAUGGCCUGAGGAGUGUGAGGUUGUUCUGGCAACAAGAUGUUUUUGGAAAAACAAGGAGGACUGACAGUGUGCCAGCUCUGCGGGAAUCACAGGGUACCUUGCUUCUGUAAAACACUCUUCACUUCCAAUCAAAAAUCAAGUGGAGAGGAAAUCAGAAAAACUGUCUGAGAUGGAUCCCACAAAACAUGGGAACUGUUUUGGCAAGGGAGGAGCCAGUAGUACAGAGAAAUACAAAACUGCUUUAAUGUUUCAUUUCCUUAAAGUAAGGAUAUGAAGAUACAUUUCAUAGGGCUUUGUAAUUAUGAAGAACUGAAGCUCAAGCAAAGUCUAAAGCCAUCAUUUGAGCUAAAUGCAAACAUCAGCGUGCCA